AUGUUCAAGAACGAUACCCAAGAGUUGACAAAGUUCUCUAAGACGAGAACGAGACGAGAACGAGACGAGAACGAGACGAGAACGAGACGAGAACGAGACGAGAACGAGACGAGAACGAGACGAGAACGAGACGAGAACGAGACGAGAACGAGACGAGAACGAGACGAGAACGAGACGAGAACGAGACGAGAACGAGACGAGAACGAGACGAGAACGAGACGAGAACGAGACGAGAACGAGACGAGAACGAGACGAGAACGAGACGAGAACGAGACGAGAACGAGACGAGAACGAGACGAGAACGAGACGAGAACGAGACGAGAACAAGACGAGAACGAGACGAGAACGAGACGAGAACGAGACGAGAACGAGACGAGAACGAGACGAGAACGAGACGAGAACGAGACGAGAACGAGACGAGAACGAGACGAGAACGAGACGAGAACGAGACGAGAACGAGACGAGAACGAGACGAGAACGAGACGAGAACGAGACGAGAACGAGACGAGAACGAGACGAGAACGAGACGAGAACGAGACGAGAACGAGACGAGAACGAGACGAGAACGAGACGAGAACGAGACGAGAACGAGACGAGAACGAGACGAGAACGAGACGAGAACGAGACGAGAACGAGACGAGAACGAGACGAGAACGAGACGAGAACGAGACGAGAACGAGACGAGAACGGGACGAGAACGAGACGAGAACGAGACGAGAACAAGACGAGAACGAGACGAGAACGAGACGAGAACAAGACGAGAACGAGACGAGAACGAGACGAGAACGAGACGAGAACAAGUUUUGA